AUGGACAAAUUAGCCAUAAACAAUGAUACCUUCAAUGGUUUACUUUUGCGAUCCAUCGAAGGUCAAUUUCAAUUUGAUUUGGCUCCGAAGCUUAAAUAUGUGCGAAGCAUUGAUGGUAUCAAUUACCAAUGGCAUAACUUCAAAAAUACUGUGACAAUUACAGGUGAAACGAUGGAGAAAUACACUGUAGGACAACUCAAUAGCAAUUUGGAAGCUGAAAAAUUGGCUUUAAUAUGUUCCUAUCGGCAAUGUCAAUCAACAACAGCCUCGAAAUGCAGUCGAACAUUUCGACCAAUCGGUCAUUGCUGUGAAAUAUGCGGUUCCAUGCUUCGUUUUCGCGCAACAAUCUUCAAUUUUAAUAAAUUUCAAAAACAAGUGGAAAAUUAUAAACGAGAAAAUCGAAUCGUAAGGGAAAACGAUUUGGAAAUUGCUAGUCUACGUAUCGAUCAUAGUUAUUCGUUGCCACAAUACCAGAUUGUUGUUCUUGCUCGAGAGGACGCAAUCCGUCCAUUCAAUGAACAAAUCUAUUAUGGCGUGCUGAAAGAUUUAGCCGGAUUUGUGCAGGAUAAUUUCGAAAUUUCAAAUUCAAUGGGUGUGGUUGAAAUCGAGGAGAUAACUUCAGUGGAUUUUCAUAGCUUUGUUAAAGAUGACCUUGUACUGGCUCUUAUUUCACUGUUUGCCAUCGGUGCAAUUAUCAUUGGAGUCAUUCUGGUAGUUGGACAAAAAUUUGAUUUUAUCAAUUUCCGAAGACUACCGAACCAGAAUUCAAUCUAUGAGAAAGUUUAUUGGAGAGGUGCGAAAACUGAAAAUGAGCUUGAGUUGCUACGUAAUGAUGGAUCUACUUUAAAUAGUGUCACAAACGAUGCUCAGAAUUCGAUGAAUUCAACGCCAGAAUACAGUUCCACUUUUGAAAACAUUGCUUUCGAUGGGAAAAUUACCGAUGAUAUUAAUGGAAAGUAGUUGGAAAAAAAUGUAAGAACUUUAAAAUACGCAUUUU